AUGAAUUUAUUUGAUACACUUUUAUCUCUAUCAUUAGUUGAUUUAGCAGAAAAUUAUGAAAAUUUAUAUAAAUUAAUUGAUUUUAAAUUCUAUAUCGAUCAUUGUUUAGAAAUAAAUCAACAAUGGAAAUUAUCUGGCAAAAAUUUUCUUCAAUUACGUAAAGAACAACGAUUAAAUAAUGAAUAUUUAACUAAAAUAAUCGGAAGAAAUUUAUCAUAUAUUGAACAAAAUUUUAUUUCAAAAUCAACAUAUGAUAAUGAUUUAAAUAUUCGUUAUUUAGUUGAACAAAUUCGUAAACGUAUGCAAUGGGAACAAAUUGGUAAUGAACAAAUAUUUACAUUAUCAACAUGUCAAAUAUUAUUAAGAAAAUUUUUUCAUUUUUAUCAUCAAUAUCAAUUAUUAAUUAAUUUAAAACCAUUAAAUGAAAAUGAAAUAUUUCAUAUAACACAUCAAGUUUAUUUUAUUGAUAUUGAAAAACUUAAUCUUCAAUUACAUUCAAUUACAAUGUCUAUUUUCAAUUCAAAUAAUAAACAAACUAAUCUUAUUAUUCCACUUGAUCUUGUUGAUAAAUAUUCAAGACUUAUUCUUGUUGUUAAUACAAAUAUAAUUAAACUUAUUAUUAAUACGGAAAAUUCAAUAGGAACAGAUAUUUCAUGGACAAAACUUGUUGAUCAACAACAAAUACAUACAUGGGAUAAUCACCUUCGAAUUAAAUGUUUUCCAGCUGAUAGAAAUGAAUGUUUUUAUACAGUUAAAGGUCUUGGUGGUUCAAUUGAUGAUAAUGAUAUUUUAUCAAUUAAUGAUCUUGAUCGAUUGAUAAAUAUUUUUGAUGAAAUAUUUCAACAACAAAUAAAUCAAAAAAAAGAAGAAUUUAUUUGGGAAAAAUCAUCAAUUACAUUAUUAUUUAAAUUAUUUAUUGAAAAUCUUAAUAAAAUAAAUCAAUUAUUUAAAUGUUCACCAUUAUCAGAUAUUGAUUUAUUAACAAGUUCAAAUAUUUAUCAACUAUUUCUAAAAUUACCAACAUUAGAAAUAUUUAAACAAGUUUUUGAUCUUCUUCAAAUCGAUAAUCAAUUGUCAAUCAUCAUUCCAUUACAAAUUGUCAAUGAUGAUAAUUCAGCUAUUAAUCAGCAAUUUAAUCAAAUAUGGACACAAAAUAUGGAGAAAACAUUUCAAAUAGGAAAAAAUCUUAUAAUUGAUGCUCAAAAACGAGUCUCAGAUAUAUUAAAUUCAAUACGUUCAACUAAAUCACGUAUUAUUUUAUGUUAUGUAUGGGCAAAUGCACUUUCAGUUAAUAUAACUAAUGAUAGUGAACAUGAAUUUUCAGUUAUGUUAUCUGAAUAUUCUAAAUUAAAUCAAAUUUCAUAUGGAAAUCAAUCUGAAUCAAUAAAAAAUAUAGAAGAAUCUCGACGAAUUGUUGAUGAAGCAAAUCAAGUCUAUCGUACAAUGAAACGAAGAGGAAAUAUUUGGACAGAUGUUAAACAUUUAUUAGAUAUAAAAGAAUUUCAAAUUGAAAAUAAUAUGAAUGAUGCAUUUCUUGGUUCACAAAUGGAUCGUGAUGUUCAUUUAUGGUUAAUUUAUGAUAAUACAUCAAAUUUACUUGUAUGUCAUCCUCAAUUUGCUAUUUUAGAUUUUGGUAUUGUACUUCGAGGUGUUCAUCAACGUUUAAUUCAACGUGUUUUUAUACAUAAUCAAACAGGAAAAAAUUUAACUGUUGGAAUAGAUCGAAAAAUAAUUGAUGAAAAUAUUUUUGAUGUUACAAUAGAACAUAUUCCAAUUAAUAUUGGUGCUAUGGGUGAAUUUGAAGUAUUAUUAAAACCACCAUUAAAUGUUAAGAUAUUUGAAGAAGAUUGGAAUCUUGCUAUUGAUAAAACAAAUAUUUUACCAAAUGCUGUUCAACCACUUGUAGAGGGCUGCAGGGUGCAGGAUUUUUAUAACCUGUAA